AUGAGUAAAGAUACUGAAGUUCAAGUUCCUAAGAUGAAAGUGAAGCAAAUAGAUGCUUCAUUAGAUAAGCCAUUAGAUGCAGAUGCUCCACCAACCAUAUACCAAACUAAAUUGACUCCAGAAUUAGCUUCUGCUGCAUUAAAUUUAUCUGUGGAUUUUUUAAAACAACAACAAUCAUUAUGUAAUUAUUAUUUGAUUAAGAGUCCCAUCGUUAUAAUUGUUGAUUUAUUAUUUUUAAUAAUUUAUUUAGGUCCACGUUUAAAUUAUCCGCCAUUAAAAAAUUCUAACGAUUCUAUGGUUUUAACCUUUAAUUCAGUUUCAGGUUAUUUAUAUCAUAUAUAUAUGAUGAAUAAAUUCACUUUCUUAUCUGCUGCUUUGUUUACUGUGAUGUUAACAUCUUUUGUUUUCACUUUGGUUUCAAGAUUAUCUGAUACUUUCUUUAAAACAAAAAUUGAUCAAAUUGUUAAAGGUGAUGGUGAAAUAAUUUUUGGUUUUAAAUUACCUGAAAUUAUUAAAAUUAAUAAAGAUACACCAAAUUUACCUGAAAAUACUAAUAUUGUAGUCUAUAGAAAUACUCCAAUUGCUUUAGUCUCAGUAAGUGAAAAUCAAGUUUUGUCAACACCAGAUUCUUUAACUAUGACAAUUAGUGCAAUUGGUUGUCGUAGAGUUUAUGUUAAAUCAGGUAUUUUAGAAGAUUUAUUAGAUUGGACAAUGAUUAGAACUAAAGCCAUUGGUUCAGGAAAGAAUAAAUUAGAUAAAUCAAUGAAAGUUUUAAUUGAAAUUUAUUCCUUUGAUGAUGCAAUGAAGAAAAUUUUAACUAAGAAAGGUUAUUCCUGUAUUUCUGUUGGUAAAGCUCAAGAAAAUAGAUUGUUAAGUGGAUUAUUUGGUGUUAAAAAAGAACUUUGGGGCGUUCAAUUCCAUGUAAAGAAUCCAGCAUUGUAA